AACUCGAUUUCUAUAGUACGAGAAUGACAGUGACAGAAAAACAACAAAAAGAACACUCUUCAGCAAAUAAUCAACAAUUAUUCUUUUAGUCAAUUUAUCUAGUGAUUAAAAUAUGUGUGAUAUUGCCGAAGUGUACAAUGGAAUCCUAUUUUAAUCAGAUUGAGUGGACGACUACAAAUGAAGAAAUUUUAAUCGGGUUGGUGAAGGACAAGCCUAUUUUGUGGGAUAACCGUUUGUUCCAAUACAGGAACACACGGGAAAAAGAGAAAAUAUGGAAGGGCAUUGAUCAGAUACUCAAGAAGCCUGUUGGAUCGUCUGAAAGACGUUUCUAUUCAUUGCGUGAGAAAUAUCGCAGAUAUAUAAACAAAGAAAAGGAUGCUCAUCGCAGUGGAUCUGCUCAAAAUCUUUUACAAAAAUUCUAUCUUGCUGAUAGAAUGCAAUUUCUCAGAGACACCAUGCGUAGGAGAAAUGCACACACCGAUUCCCUUAGAGUAGAAACAUCUCGUCUAGAUACUUCUGAACAAAAUUCACAGCAAUCACAAGCUUCUACAAUAAGCGUUGAUUUCAGUCAGCAUGAGCAAGAUGCAGGUCCAUCUUGUUCACAUAGAAGCCAACAUGUGGUACCAACAUCUGAAGACUUCAGAUCUCAAUCACAGCCUACAGAAUACAUAGAAAAUUCUCAUACUGACAACAGGACAUCUUUGGUAACCUCCCAGAGUCUACGACCAUCUAACACUUCUUUGUCAUCUAAGAACAACCGAAAGCGAGCCAAUGUGCAAAUUCCCCAGAAGACUUUUCAAGUCAAUAUCAGAAAGCAAGGACAGAUUUCAGACUCUCCGCGAGAGCAAAUCAGAAAUCAAUCAAACAAUUUUUCGUCGUCCAAUCAUGAGCUUCCCAAAAAAAGAAUUUGUCAGGCUUCUCAUAGAAAUUUAUUUGGUAGAAAUUACGAACAACCCCCACAACUAAACCUGGAUGAAAUCGAUUCUGAGGAUUCAACUGUAAGUGCAAAUAUAUCAGACAGUGAAUCACAGGAGCUGCAGCAUAUGCCAAUUUCUGGUACUCUUCUGGAUUCCCUGAAUUUCGAAGAAGUUUCCCAACCAUCACAACAUGAUGCUUCUGAAACCAAUCAUUCUAUACAGCCUACCAUUGAUUCACAAAGUCAUUCCCCAAUGAGGAUUUUUCUUGGACAUUCUCAAGAUAGAGUCUCGAGGCAAGUGCAUUACAGGUCAACUACGCAGAUUAGACGACCCAUAACUACUCCACAGAUUACACGUCCUACUAUAACUCCGAUCAAUCGCACUCAUUCUCGCAAUGACGAAAAUGUAGAUCCCAAUGCAGCUCUUCCAUCAAGCAAUCUCCUUACAGAAGACUCUCCACCACUUAGAAUAACGGCCUCUCGUUUGAAGAAGCAGAUGUAUGAGCUUGCUAUGUCUAAUCUGACUAAUAUUUACAACAAUACUAAUUUAAUUAGACAAGCAAUUGGUGUGGAGGAUGUACAUAGCGGCUUUUUCAUUAACAUGAGACAAAGAUUUGUUAGACUCUCAGAAGAAGACAGAAUUCGAUUUAUGGAUCGAGUUCAACAGAUUUUUGAUGAAAUUGCUUCUCCAAUUGAAAAUGAAUAGUAUAUUGUAAUAAAAGAAAUACGAUUGAAUUAUUUAAAUUAAAUUUAUUAAAUUAAAUUAAAUAAAAUAAAUAAAGAACCGUUUCAGAAUAAGAUUUAUU